ACAUAAUGUAUAUAAGUGCUGGGUGAACAGGACAACAAUCCAUUUAGAUCAGCAGAACGGUACAGGAAUUGAAGAACUUUCAGCGAGAUCUCUUCAAAACUACCAACCACUUAACCACCGAAACGCCUCGUAAUCAUCUCAUCAAGAUGACAUCCCCACUGAAGAACGUGGUAAUCGUCGGGGCCGCAGGAAACCUGGGCUCCCAUGUCCUCAAGGCCUUCCUUUCAUCUAACGCAUUCAACAUCACUGUCCUCUCCAGAGACUCAUCUACCAGCACCUUCCCCGACGGCCUCAAAGUCAUCAAAUCAGACUACAGCCAUGACUCACUCGUCUCUGCCUUCAAGGGCCAAGAUGCCGUAAUCAGCAUUGUAGGCAAUGGCGGCUUUUCCAACCAGCAGAAACUCAUCGACGCUGCCCUCGCCGCAGGAGUCAAACGGUUCAUCCCCAGCGAAUUCGGUAAUAACACCGCAGAUGAACGUGUCCGGGCGCUUGCCCCGCUUCUUGAUGGCAAGAAAGCCGUUGUCGAUUAUCUUAAAGAGAAACAAGAUCGGCUGAGUUGGACUGCACUCAUAACGGGGCCGUUCUUUGAUUGGGGUCUCCAAACCGGCUUCCUGGGCUUCAACCUCCAAUCGCACGAAGCAACCGUCUACGACAACGGCACCAUCCCGGCCUCAGUCAGCACCCUCGCUCAGAUCGGCCGUGCUCUAGUCGCUGUCUUGCAGAACCCAGAGGCUACUGGGAAUCAAUACGUCUACGUCGAGUCAUUCACUGUCACGCAAAAGCAGAUUCUCGGGGCUCUCGAAAAAGCCACCGGCAAGGAAUGGAAGGUCACUGACGUUGACUUUGAACCGCUUAUUCAAGAGAGUACUGAGCGGUUUAAGGGUGGUGAUUUCUCGGCCGUGCUGGCUCUGCUCUUAGCGGCUGCGUUGGCGAGGUUUCCGGACGGGCCGUAUGGAAGUUGGGAGCAGGUGUCUGGCGGGUCGUGGAAUAAGAGAUUGGGGAUUGAGCAUGAGGAUUUGGAUGAGGUUGUGAGGUCGCUGGUUAAUUAGGAUGUCUUGAACGGCUUUCAGGGUAUAUUGUUGCAGGACACAUAUUUUGGAACGAGCAAUAAAUUAUUGAUAAAUGAAACAGACAUAUUAAGUAUGGU